AUGCAAAAUCUGGACAUCGUAGAAGACAUUUAUAAAGAGCAGAUUACUCUUCAGAAUGAGCUUUAUUCUGCUCCUAGAACCUUUGCAGGCUUACCCAUACUUUGAGAGUUGGUGAACCAAUUCAAGAAAAUUGUUCUUCUCUUGGGUUGAGAACGUAUCAGUGAUUAUAACUUUAGAGUAGUUCAGUUUUUACUGACCCAUGACCUACAACUUACUAAGAAAAUGCAAGAUGAUUAUGACAGAAUUCAGAUUGCUGACUUAAUGGAAGAAAAGUUCCAAAAGGAUGCUGGGUUGAGCAAACUGAUAGAAGCAUGCUAAGAUAUUCCAGAACUUGGAGACAGUGCUGAUAUUCUUAGAAAAGAGAUGGAAAAAGGAAAGAGGGGAGCACCCAGGAUGCCCACUUUUUCCCGCCCUGCCCCUACCUUGCUAAUUCCCUGUAGGAGCCAAUAUGCUUCUUCCACUGUGUGUGCAUCAGGACCUAAAAGUGAAGAUACAAUCACCAAAUCACCUGACACAGUAACAACACAGUUAUUCCAGGAAGAGCAUAACCUUCAAGAACUUCCAACAACUAGCACAUGCUCAGCUAAGAGUGAACCUCAAGUUCCUCAAGGGCUUCUAACAACAGCCAUCAGCAGCCUCCAGAGCCCCCUGGAACCUCAAGAACUAUCAACUACCAUAUUUCCAACAUCUUGGGGUCCUUCACCACCACGUUCCACCAGUGACCAGGCUUCCCAGGUGUCUCCCCUGACAGCCUCCAGCAGCAUCCAGACCAUCCAGACUUCUCGGGUAAUGUCAACACUUUCUUCUAGCCACCAAACUCCUCUGGAGUCUCCAAAACCAGUGUCCAGCAAUGCCAUGGCCUUUCAAGCCACCCCAGCAUCAGGGCCCAAAUGUGCCCUGGCCAUUCAUAUGACUUCAUCAACAGUGACCGGUAGUGUCCAGGCCCCUUGCAUUUCUCAAGCAACAGUGGCCAGCAGCGACCCUGUCAUUUGGAAACCAAGACUGAAGAUUGUACCUAAACAACCUUCUGAGGAAGAUGGUCACCACCAAGGUUCCAAACAAGUAAUGGUGUUAAAGGCAAUGCAACCCUUUACAUAUGACGUGAGAGAAGACAAAAGGAUGUUCCAUGCCAUAGUGGCUACUGAGACUGAAUUCUUUUGCGUGAAGGUGUUUGACAUAACCCUAAAGGAAAAGUUCAACCCCAGGAAAGUCAUCGUGAUCUCAGAUUAUUCUGGCUACAAUGGGUUUCUAGAGACAUACAGAGCCCCCUGUGUGUCUGAGGUGAAUGGCAACAAUGUGACGGAAAUCCCACCUUCACUGAGACAAAGGGCUGCUGCAACAGCUAAAAUUAAUGCUAUCUGUAUACAAAGAGUAGGAACAUUUGUGAGUGGAGUCUUUACAGUAUAUACGAAAGCAGUGAGGAAUGAAUUUACUUACUAUGGAAUAGAAGAUAAAACAAGGAGGAUGGAAGUCCUGGUAUACGGACAGUUUGCCACUAUGUACUGUGAGCCAGGGGACAAACUUAGACUCAUCUGCUUUGAACUGAACUCGAGUGUGAGUUCGUGGCAGCUGAGAUCUGUGAGGCACAGCUAUAUGCAGGUCAUCCAGGCUAGGAAGAGAGACAUAGAACCAUCCAGUCCUCGCUCAGUCAUUGAACCAGCCCCAAACUCACAGAAACCUGAAUAA